AAGAGAGUGCGUAUAUAAAUGAAGGAAUAGCUUAGGUUGUGUCAUAGAAUUUGGAGACAAACAAAUUAAUCUAUUUUUUUAAGAAAUGAGUGAGAGAAUGAUCAUGAGUUGGGGAGUUACUGAGCAAGGGUGGAGGAAAGGUCCUUGGACUCCUCAAGAAGAUAAGUUGCUUACUGAAUAUGUUAAGUUGCAUGGAGAUGGAAGAUGGAGUUCUGUCUCUAGGUCUUCAGGCUUGAAUAGGAGUGGUAAGAGUUGUAGACUAAGGUGGGUGAAUUACCUUAGACCAGGCUUGAAAAGAGGCCAAAUUACACCUCAAGAAGAAGGCAUCAUUAUUGAAUUGCAUGCGCUCUGGGGAAACAAGUGGUCAACCAUUGCUAGAUACUUACCAGGAAGAACAGACAAUGAGAUAAAGAAUUAUUGGAGAACUCACUUCAAGAAAAAAGAAAAAUCACCAAAGAAACAACGUAAGCUCAUUAAAUGUCAAAAUUUCAAUCAAAAUUUUGUGAACCAACAACAAGAAGAGCAGCAACAUUUGGGUGAUGACAUGAAAUGGGCUAUGAUGAACACAAAUGUUGAUCACAAAAUGCAAGACAACAAUAUGGGAGUCAUGAACCCUAAUGUAGAGGAUCAAUGCUUGCCUGUGAUGAAUAAUGAAGAUGUUUCAUCAUGGGUAGAUUUUCUGAUGGAUGAUGAACUGUGGGGUGACUUGUGGAAUCUUGAUAACCAAGUUGCAACAUUCAAGUAAUUGCAGCAAAAUAGCCAAGCAAAAUUAGUAUAUAUAAUUAAUAUACCAGAUAAUUACUUUGUGUAAUAUAAUUAUGCCUUUGAUAAUAAAUUAA